GGGUGGAGGCGGAGAAGGGACCCCGAGGGCCUGAGGAGGUGGUUCGGUUUCUGGUCUGGGAAAAGCGGAAGAGUUUCGGGGGCAGCGGAUUCCCGGCGACCUCUGGUGGCAGUCGGGCCUAGUCGAGCCGGCCGCCGCAGGACCCAAAUGCGGGAGCUUCAUGUUCCCCGGUGGGAGAUGGGAUUUGGGGCUGUGAUCGGGGCUGCUCCCUGACCGCGUCCGGAUGGUUGAGGUCCAGACGCUGCUGACUUCCAGCCGGGAAAAUGUAUGCGCUCCUUUUCCGUGCUUUUGGCCAGCUCCACCCCCAGGUGGUUUGAACUUUGAGCCUCUUAUAGUCCUGAUGAACAGUUCCGCUUUCCUCAAGUUUAAGACACUUGGAACUUCAAGAAUUGGAGGUUUAUGCAAUUUGAGACCGGUCAGCACUGAGCAGAGUUCAGAGGACUAAGAGACAGAGAGUAAAAUGGCUUCCAGAGGAAAGACAGAGACAAGCAAAUUAAAGCAGAACUUAGAAGAACAGUUGGAUAGACUAAUGCAGCAAUUACAGGACCUGGAGGAAUGCAGAGAGGAACUUGAUACAGAUGAAUAUGAAGAAACCAAAAAAGAAACUCUGGAGCAACUAAGUGAAUUUAAUGAUUCACUAAAGAAAAUUAUGUCUGGAAAUAUGACUUUGGUUGAUGAACUAAGUGGAAUGCAACUGGCUAUCCAGGCAGCUAUCAGCCAGGCCUUUAAAACCCCAGAGGUCAUCAGAUUGUUUGCAAAGAAACAACCAGGUCAGCUUCGGACAAGGUUAGCAGAGAUGGAUAGAGAUCUCAUGGUAGGAAAGCUGGAAAGAGACCUGUAUACUCAGCAGAAAGUGGAGAUACUAACAGCUCUCAGGAAACUUGGAGAGAAGCUGACUGCAGAUGACGAGGCCUUCUUGUCAGCAAACGCAGGUGCUAUACUCAGCCAGUUUGAGAAAGUCUCUACAGACCUUGGCUCUGGCGACAAAGUUCUUGCUUUGGCAAGUUUUGAGGUUGAAAAAACAAAAAAAUGACAUGGUGUGAAAACUUGGGACAUUGAUCGCAUUCUUGUUGUAAAUGGCAUUUUUCUUCCGGGGAUUUUGAGUCAUGGCAAAGAAGUCAAGAGAUUCAUGAAAUGUAUUAAUAACCUAAGAAAAGGUGACAGAAAAACAUACUUAAGGCUUUUGUUUAUGCCCUUCAUCAUUGUGCUUUGUGUAGGGAUACCCACUUCCGUGAUCCUGGACUUGUUGGGAUGGAGGGGCUCACUGGACCUUAUUCAUUAUGGUUUGUCUGUUUAAGAGAAAACAAAAUAGUGUCUCUGCCUGUCUUUAUUGAGCCUCCUUGUUUUUAAGUGCUGGUAGUAAAUGAAAAGAUGCGAACUGA